AUGAAUACAAGUUUAAGGUCCAAUCAUACGGACCAACCGAGUGAUAACAGCAUUCCCGCCUGGAACAUUGCAUUGAUUGUACUAAACGCUCCUCUCAGUCUUCUGACAGUUGUUACAAAUAGCGUGGUUUUACUCGCCAUCUGGAAAACAACCUCUUUGCAUACUCCUUCCUCCAUGCUAUUGUGCAACCUCGCUAUCUCCGACUUAGCAGUUGGAUUACUGAUCCAGCCCCUGUACAUGUUCCACGCCUUAAGGAAGCUGGUGGUUACCUUUGAUAGAUUCUAUCCCAUUACUAUGCCAUUAUACAACGUCGUAGGCUACUGUCUAUGUGGUGUGUCCUUCUUCACCGUCACAUUCAUUAGCCUGGAUAGAAUGAUUGCUCUCAAAUUUCACCUACGGUACUACAGUCUUGUCACGAUGAACAAAACAGCCCUUGCAAUUGCUGUGAUAUGGAUGGUGUCUGGCAUCUUCUCCAGUACGAAAGUGUGGCAAGACACAGUUCUGUAUCCAUACCUUGCUUUUACCAUUAUUUUUUGUCUUUUUUCCAACUUCUAUGCGUACUUUGAAGUUUAUAAAAUAGUUAUUCGACAUCAGGCACAAAUUCACUCCCAGAUGCAAGCCGUGUCAGUCAAUGCAGACAACGGGAUGCGCUUCAAACAACUCAGAAGAUCUGCCUUGAACACAUUUUAUUUCUAUUGUCUUUUACUAGUUUGUUACCUUCCCUAUUUUGCGACAGUUGUCGCUGGUCUUUUCAUACGUAAAGGCUUCGCUAAGUAUUACUCAGUCCCUAGUACAAUUGUUUUUCUCAAUUCUACCCUCAACCCCUUCAUGUAUUUUUGGCGUCAAUCUGACAUACGACAAGCGGUAAAGCGGAUUCUGAAAUUAAGCGGUACCACUUAA